CACCAUGGCACUGCCCGCGUUGGUUAUACUGCCUGUUACCUGGGUCCUGCUGGCUCUUUCUACUGCGCAAAACACCUGCCCAGGUAAGUGUUACAUCACACAGUACUGGAGGUCUUAACACAGGUUGAUAGUCACAUGCAAAUACUUGCACUCAGUCUGCUAAAGGCAUUCAUUUAUUUAAACCGAAAAACAAUUUCAUGCAAAGAAAUUGAAUUUAACUAAAAAUCAUGUCUCCAACUCGGCUAUAGUCAUAGUAUGGCUAUUCUAGUCUAAAAUUAGCUUCUGAGGUUUUAAAUUUACUACAACUCAGAGUGAUUUGAAUUUUUUAGACCAAAUUAGCCAAACUAAAAACUGACUUGAAGAAAUUCUAUUUCAAUUCUAGACAAUUCAAACCUUAUAGAAGAGUUGACUGUUGAAAAGUAUUUUGUGAGGUUUAGUCUUAUUGAAUGUUAUAAACCCCAAACUGAAGUGAUAUGGCCUGCUUUAUAAAAAGAGUAGUACAUGCACGGUAUGUCCUCCCAGCUGAAAUGGGAAAAUAAACAAUAAAUGCCAGUUACCCAUAAGAUCAGUUAUUGCAGUUUGUUCAUUCUUGGUGAGGGUUUAUUGACUAUGUGAGGAGUUGUCAAGAACUGAGACGGAAGCUUUUAGGCUGAAAUAGCCAACCUAGAAAAAUAGGUGAGCUCAGAUAAAUUUUUCUAGUUGUUUAACCAGCUGUGAAAUGUUUAAACAUAACCGCUAUACCCUAGAUUUCCACAGUCUUUCUUUUGUUUCUACGUAAAUGUCUCAUCCUAAUUUCUAUGGUUCAUUUCUUAAAGGAACAUUCAAAUCACCAUAACCACUCCAACAUUCAGAACUGGUUAUGGUGCCAGAAGGGCCCUAGUUCCUUCCUACGUAAGUAGUAAGUGCCAUAGUCCCUCCCCACAUAAGUGGUUUUACUUUUUAAAUGGGGUCGGUUGGUUGCCUCCACGGCAGCCGGAAACACUCAGCUCUGAUCAAAGCCCGGUGGUGGGCUUAGCACAGGAGAGAUAACGAGAUAAGCAGGAGCUUCUGGCGAACCCCAAGUAAAGAGUUGAACCAUUCUUAUCGAUCAAGUUCCGUUCCUACGACCCGGUCGUAGAACGAAUUGGUUGGUAAGUGCAGAGUUAAGGGAUUCCCUGCUCUGGUGCUUUCGUCUAUGUUCGGGAAACUUCCCUGAACAUAAACAAACUCACCAGAGCAGGAAAUCUCUCUAAUCUAUGUCCAGGGGAAUUUCCCCAAACAUAGAUUAGAGAGAUUCCCUGCUUGAUGCGUUCAUCUAUGUUCGGGGACGUUUCCCCGAACAUAGACAUGUGAGAUUUCCCCGAACAUAGAUUAGAGGGAUUCCCUGAUCUGAUGCGUUUGAUUAUGUUCGGGGAAGUUUCCCUGAAGUGCGAGCCAUCGUCAAACAGGGAGGUUGCAAAAUGAGGACCACGUGUACUUAUAAGGGGAGGGAGCGCUACAUCACUCCUGGUACCAUAACCAUUACAGUGUUUUGCAGUGGUUAUGGUAUGUUGCUUUAACUGUCAAAACUGGAAAAAAAUAUAGCUUAGAGGGAUCACUAGAUCAACUGUUUGCAGAGUAAGGAACAGCGCACACACACACAAAAAAAUCAACAUUUUACAAGACUGCUUAAAAUCACCUACCUCAGCAAACAAAUAUGGGGAUUCAGUUACACUAUAUGGCCACCUGGGGGCUGCGCACAUAAGUGCCACCUGGUGGGACCGGUCCGGUGGCACUCAGAGGGGGCCGGCUGCGUUCCUGGCUGGAGCCGCCGGGCCGGGUGGCACCUUCCCCGGUCCGGCCCUGCUCCUGUCACUGGCUGUUGUGGCUGCUGAUGGAUGAAGGAGGAGGAGCCUGUCUCUGUACCAUGCCCCCUUCGCGGUUCCCACAAUUCCCAGCACAGGAACCGCGAGGGAGCAUGGUACAGAGACAGGCUCCUCCUCCUUCAGCCAUCAGCAGCCACAGCAGCCAGUGACAGGAGCAGGGACGGACCGGGGAAGGUGCCGCUCCAGUCUGGAACGCGGCCCCUGACUUCUCAAGGUAAAUGGGGGGGGGGGGGGAGAGAGAGGGGAGGAGGAGGAGGGAGAGAGAGAUGGGAGGAGGGGAGAGACACAGGGAAAGGAGGGAGGGAGAGAGAGGGGAGAGACACAGGGAAAGGAGGGAGGGAGAGAGAGAGGGGAGAGACACAGGGAAAGGGAGGAGGGAGAUGGGGAGGGGGGAGACAGGAAAGUUGGGGCAGUGGGAGAGAGAUGGGAGCGUGAGAGACAUUAUGUGAAAAGUGGGAAGUGAGAGAGAUGGAGGGAGAGGAGAGACACAGGAAAAGUGGGGAGAGAGAUAGGGAGAGAGAGAGACACAGGGAAAGUGGGGAGGGAGAGAGAUGGGGAGCAGGGAGAGACACAGGGAAGCGGGGUGAGGGAGAGAGAUGGGAGAGACACAGGGAAAGGGGGAGGGAGAGAGAUGGAUUGGAGGGAGAGAGGGAAAGGGGGGAGGAGAGACACAGGGAGGAGGGAGAGACACAGGGAAAGGGGUGAAAGAGGCAGAGGGGGAAGAGAGAGACAAAGCGGGAGAAAUAAGAGAGAGACACACAUGGGAAAGGGGGAAGGGAGAGAGAUGGGGAGAGGGGAGAGACACAGGGAAAGGAGAGAGAGAUGGGGAAAGGGGAGAGACACAGGAAAGGGGGGAGGGAGAGAGAUGGGGAGAGGGGAGAGACACAGGAAAGUGGGAGGGAGAGAGAUGGGGAAGGGGAGAGACACAGGGAAAGGGGAGUGAGAGAGAUGAGGAGAGAGGAGAGACACAGGGAAAGGAGGGAGGGAGAUGGGAGAGACACAGGGAAAGGGGGAAGGGAGAGAGAUGAGGAGAGGGGAGAGACAAGAAAAGGGGGGAGGGAGAGAGAUGGGGAGAGGGGAGAGACACAGGGAAAGGGGGGAGGGAGAGAGAUGGGGAGAGACACAUGGAAAGGGGGAGGGAGAGAGAUGGGGAGGAGGGAGAGACACAGGGAAGGGGGGAGGAAGAGACACAGGCAAAGGGGUGAAAGAGGCAGAGGGGGAAGAGAGAGACAAUGAGGGAGAAAUAAGAGAGAGACACACAUGGGGAGGGGAAGAAAGAGGCAGAGGGGGAAGAGAGAGACUGGGAAGGAGAGGGGAGACAUUGACACAGAGGAGCAGUGAGGGGGAGAAAGAAACAUAUAGAGUGACUGGUGGACACAAAAAGGCACACAGAGGGGCUGGAGAUAAAGAGACACACAUAGGGGCAGUAUAUAUCCCCCCCACCCUCCCAAGGUUUUCCCCUGCCUGCCGAUCUCCCUCCCCGUUCCACAGGCACCGUGCAGGCAGCCGGCAGGGGAAGAAGAGAGGACCCGGGGCAACGCUCCGGCUCUCACAAGGGUGAACUCUAGUCCUGGAGCUACGGGCUAGAGUUCACUCUCACCACUUCCUGGUGGUCGCAGUAGUAGGAGUGAACUCUAGCCCCAUACACACACUGCCCCACACACACACCAUACACAUUCUCACACUGCCCACCCACACACUGAACCUUUCACACACAUUGCACCAUUGCUCCUAUACCCUACUACAGCCCCAUAUCCCAGCAGAAUCCAGGUAAGUUGUCAAACUGUUCUUAAACGGUUUGACUACUUACUCUGGGAGGGGGUGCCAAUGCUCCUGGCACCAUAACCACUACACAGAGUGUGGUUAUUGUGCAUGGAAUAUUUCUUUAAAUAAUCUACAAGUUCCCCUCCUGGGCUCAGGCUCUGGAUCCGCCACUGGUAUAUGACAUGUAUAUUAAUGUGUGUAUUAAUUAUAUAUAUAUAUAUGUAUAUAUAUAUAUAUAUACCUAUUAUAUUUACACAUAUUAAUGUACAUUUAUAUAUGCAUAAUACACAGAGAAAUAUCAUUAAUAUGUACCAUAUGUAAUGAGCAGAUAUUGGCCCAGUCUUGUUUCUAGGUGCAUACUCCAGCACAAUAACAUAUUUAAAGUGAAGAGCACACCCACAGGACUUCAAGAUAACGUCAUUUUUUACAGUUGUGCCCUACAUACAUUCACCAUUUCGGUCCCAUUACCAAGCUUUCCUUAAUAUGUCAAGGUAGUUGGACUGAAACAUUGAUUACAUGCAAAGGCACGUCUGCUUAAAAUAAAUUUGCACUUUUGUUUAUUUUGAAGCCUAUGAGUGCGCUUUUUAAGUUGAAGUACUUUUUAAUUUUAAGUUAUCUGUUCUAACUCUGUAUCUGCACACUAUGCUGGCGCGACGCAUUAUGGGGCUGGUAAAUAUUUUUUUUCCAGGGCUGCUUUUAAUUCCCAGUCCGGCCCUGUAAGCUACAUACAGAGCGUUUAUUCAAUGUUCAGGAUGCUUUAUAAUUGCAUUACUAACUAUUUUUAAAUUUUAUUUCUAGAGGUGAAAUUUACUGGCUUAAGUGGAACAGAAAAAGUUACUAUUAUUCAGGGAUGUCCUGGUGUUCCAGGAACUGCUGGACCCAAAGGAGAACUAGGACCCCAAGGGCCAAGAGGUACUUUUUUUUGUCAACUGGGACUGUUAUGAAUCUUAUUCUUUUUUAUGAUAUUAUUGCUUUUUUUUUUUUUAUUGGUACCACUGUGUCUUACAAUGUAACAUUUCCAAUUUUAAUAGAAAUGCAUUAUCUCCUUUAGUCUGGUAGGUCAGAAGAUUCACAUUUUACAGAGUAGAGGGUCUUCGAUGAGCCACUGUACAUAAAGAUGUCCCACGCAUUUUAGGGCACUAAACUCUCCUCUAGAACAUGCAAUGAAAAUCCUGAGAUACACGUAUGAACUAUUGACUUUGCCUAAUAAAACAUAAAUAUGUGUCUUCAUUUUUAUUAAAAUGUUCUGAUAAUUUCAGGUGAGAAAGGUCUUCCGGGCAUUAUUGGUAAAAUGGGCCCUCCCGGGUCAAAAGGUGAGCAUAACAUUGACUUGUAUUGUGUAAGGUCCAUCAUGUAGUUGAUUUUCAGAGGUUUUGUCGGGGAAGAUACAACAAUAAAAGAGGGGUUUUAUUUAUAACCAUUUGUUAAGUUUCCUAGAUCUGCUAGGCAUCUAUCUGCUGUACUUAUUGACGCAGUGGCUGCCUCAACUAUUAAAGAAUUACAACUCUAAUUGUCCUUGGCAAGCCUUUUCUCUAACUUCAUGUUAGCUGUAGUUCUGUUGGGGACAUUUUAAAUACCUCUGCUCUAAUUUGUAGGUCCUAAUUAUUGGGGACCUUUGUUCUUUAUCAAUGUCUCAGUAUUUAAUGGCUUUAUUGUGACAAAUAAGAGAGCUUGAUUUAAUUUUCAGGAGAAAGUUCUUCAUCCGGACCUCGAGGUUUUCCAGGUAAAAAAUGGGAAACAUUAAAUUGUUUUAUUUUUUUUAAUAAAAAAAAAAGCUCUGCUUGUUAUACAAAUUUACAAAGGAAACCAUUGUAAUAAUGGUAACUACUACGUGCUAUUUAUUCAAUUUCUUUAAAGUCUUUGAGUGUCAGCUGGGUGUACACAAUGUGGAACUAAUACCUUGCUGCAAAGGUUGAAGACCUCAGACAUUACAACAGAAAAUGUUUUAACACAGUCCCAGCUUUAGAAGAAUAAAUAAUGUGAGAGGACUAUACAUUUAUAUAUGGAGUAUACAUCUGAACAUGUGAUGCUAUGUUUUCCUACGCGUUUCACUAGAUACAGCAAUCUGUUGUUACACACUCUGAACAGCAUUACCCUUAGUUUAGUUUUUUUUUAUAUGUUCAGGUUAAAACAUAAGGAACAAUCCACAAAUUAUCUUUUUUACCUGGAUUUUCUAAUGCCCUUGCACUCAUACUGUAUUUUUUUUUCUCUAUAAUUUUAUGUUAAUAUUUAUUUCCAGGCCCUCCUGGUGUUCCUGGGCUCCAAGGACCAAAAGGUAAGAUUAUUUGUGCUCAAAAAAUGCUUUCUAAAGUCACUUGGGGAAUAUUAAAUUCACUAUAAAAUGAAUAUUGAGAUCAAUGAUUUUUUGUUAAACUAUUUACAUGACAAAGCAUGUACUGUAAUCAGUACUGUAAUCAGUAAUGUAUAAAUGCAGUGUUCUAUUUUAAAACUAGCCACACGUGGCUUUUAAUGCAUGGACUCCACAGCAACAUUACAGGGGUUUUCUUCCAGGAGUUUCUGUGUCUGAAAGAUAAUUGAGCUCUAAACAGGAUAACUCAAUUACCUCUCAGAUACAGGAAAUAACAUACAAUCUUACAAAUCACCCCAAAAACAUAAAAUAUUUUUACAGGAACCCCACAAUUCUCAUAUUCCCAAAUAGCCUGUGUCUGAGCGCCCAACAUAUCCAAAAAGCGUUCUGUUCAGUGAAACGGAAUCGCCAUUCAGAAGAAAUUUCGACCGGCCGGCCACGAGGGGUGCCCCAAAAGAGUUCCAGAGAAUCCAGGUCAGCGGCCAGUCUCUGUUUGGGGGUUCCUGUGCGAACACCAACGAAUGCUCCCCCUGUGCUUAUAGGUAAUAGUUCCUAUCUCCCGAACGUGGUUCGUGUAGCUUGUCGGGAAAGUGUACGGGCAGCAGUACCAUCUUUGCCAGGGUUUCGCAAGAGUGUGUAGCCAAUAUGAGUUCCACACGCUCAACGACCAUGUACUGCUGCCUGUGUUCGGUAGACAAAAUGGCCACCCAGUGAAAGCACUCAAAUAAAUCCUUUAAUUGCGGUUAACAGCCGGGGGUGGUCAGUGUUCUGAGUCAAUAAAAAGAGGGGGACCCCACAAGUUCUGUUCAGUUCACGAACGAACAGGGGGAUACGGGUCUGUUUGGUAAAACUACACAUAAGUUCGGUCAACCCCAUGGAAUGAUAAUAGGUACACCACACUUCCAACUGAAGAAUCAGUCAUCAGGCUAAUGCCAAGAUUCCAAUUUGUAUCCAUGACAAAAAAGUUUAAUAAACUCUGCUAUUAAAAGGAUGACUCACAGAUCAUAUACUAGAAUGAGCUAUGUUUGUUUUACCAAUAACCUUAACCUGUCAUUGUAUCUUUUUCCCUGUCUUUAGGUGAUAAAGGCUCUCCAGGUACCACAAGUACACAAGGAUCAAAAGGUAAUAGGAAUUAUAUUCAUAUCUGCAGCAAUUAA